GGCGGCUGCGCGCGCGCGCGCGGAGGGAGCUACCCAGGAGCUGCUGCUGGUUUUUUUUUCCCUUCUCCUUUCUCACACUCUGGCUGCGUGGGUGGAUUGGAAAUCACUGUCAAGCUGUGAAAAGUGUGUGUGAGAGAGAAAAAAAAAGUUUCAGGGGGCGAAAGAGGCUUUUUAUUCGCGGCGUGGAGGAACUUUUAGAUCAGAGUUUGCAAGUUGCUCGGUGCUGACUGACUGACUGAGGAGAAGGAGAGAAGACUUUUUCAGGCACCAUGUCUCGCACGGAUGAAGUGCACCGUAUGACCGAGAAUGUCUACAAGACUAUUAUGGACCAAUUCAACCCCAGCUUGAAAAACUUCAUCGCAAUGGGAAAGUCUUAUGAAAAGACACUUAGCAGCCACAUGGGUGCAGAGAAAUAUUGGAUCAAGAAAGCCAGAACAGGUAUGACCUUUGCUGCAAAAGGCUACUUUGAGGCCCUAGUGAAGAUGGGUGAACUCGCCAGUGACAGUCAUGCUUCCAAGGAGAUGGGGGAUGUUUUGUUCCAGAUGGCAGAGGUCCACAGACAAAUUCAGAUACAGCUUGAAGAAAUGUUGAAAGUGUUCCACAAUGAUUUGCUGAUGCAACUGGAGCAGAAGGUUGAGUUAGAUGCCAAAUACUUAAGUGCAACAUUGAAGAAAUAUCAAGCCGAACAUAAAGCCAGGCUGGAGUCACUGGAAAAGUGCCAUGCAGAACUGAAGAAACUUCGGAGAAAGAGUCAUGGGAGUAAGAAUCCACAGAAAUAUGGAGAUAAAGAAAUGCAGUUUGUGGAGACAAUAAGCAAAAAGCAAUCUGAUCUGGAGAGCUACAUUGGAAAUGGUUACAAAACAGCAUUGAGCGAGGAGCGUAGGCGAUACAGCUUUCUGGUAGAAAAGCAGUGUGCAGUCGCCAAGAAUAGCAUGGUAUACCACAGCAGGGGCAAGGAUAUGAUAACACAAAAGCUUCCUAGCUGGCAACAGGCUUGUAGUGAUCCAUCCAAAAUUCCUGAGCGUGCAAUGUCAUUGGUGCAGCAGAUGUCUUCAGGCAAUGGAGGAACUCUCAUCUCUGACCCUGCUGCUUCCACUAAAUCAGGACUGGUUAUAUCAGACCCUAUUCCUGGUGCUAAACCUCUGCCAGUACCACCAGAACUUGCACCUUUUGUUGGUGGAGGUGGAUUGGGUCAAGGUUCUCGCAUGAUGGUCCAGGAUAUUCCAUCAGUACCUAAUGGUGACGUAUCAAAUGCAAAUUCUGUGGACUAUCAGCAAUCUGGCCAGCCUGAUGCCAAACCAAAGCCUCCUACACCACCCCAACUUCCAAAACAACAGCAAUCUGAUGUGUACUCCAACACCCUACCCACACGCAAAGCAAUGCCAUUGAAAGCCAGCCCUUUGUCAGCUGAGACCAGAACUUUACCCAGAUCCAGUUCAAUGGCUGCUGGGUUGGAAAAGAAUGGAAGAACCAAAGUGCAAGCUAUUUUCUCUCAUCAGGCAAAAGACAAUAACACACUGCUGAGCUUCAGCGAAGGAGAUGUCAUCACAUUAUUGGUUCCUGAGGCUAAAGAUGGCUGGCAUUAUGGAGAAAAUGAAAAGACGCGAUUGAGAGGAUGGUUUCCAUUCUCUUACACUCGUGUAAUGCAGGGUGGAUUAUUGCACAACUUGAACCAUCUCAAAAGUUGCAGCACUGGGAACCUCCUGCAGAAAGAAGAUCUCUCCAUUCCGCCACCCGACUACAAUUCAACUUUAAAAAUGACAUCUCCUGCUGUGUCCAGCUCAAGCACAUUUAAACCUAGGCCUUACAGUAUGGCAGUUCCAGGUUUCUCACAGGGCCCAAAUGGCAAUAAUUCAAGACUUUCUUUGAAAGAAGCUGUUGCAAAUGUCAAAUUGAAGCCAACCAAAACAAAUGACAGAUCAGCAUCUAAAAUAAAUUGACUACUGACUCUGUGAGGUUGUUACACUGUACACUUGCUACUGGCAACAGAUGCCAAAGAUGUCUACAUCUGAAACUGCAUGAAGACAGUGUCUUUAGACUAGAAUUGACCCAUCUGAAGAUGGUCACUAAAGUUGCAGAUAAAUCAAUUGCACAUAUUGCUACGGAAUUGCCACUUUGAAAUCCCACCCAUCGUAUUCCCUACUUUUUAUUUGAGGGAUCAUGUGGAGGGAAUUGUUUAAUUACAUUUGUCUAGCUAGGGGUUUGUAUGGUGUUUGUAAUUAAUGCAUGUGUUUGAGAAUUAGCCAUUAGUAUUUUUCUAUUAUAUACUUUAUACUAAUCAGCAUAUAAAACAAUAUUUUAUUACCUAGCUAUUUGCGGGAAUUGAUUAAACGUCAGCACAUUGUACAAACUAGAGUACUGCAAAAUUGAGAAUUGUUAAACUAGUUAUAAAAUGUAUACUGUGCUUAAUUUCCAAAUGUAUUUUGGGAGAGAAGGAAAGAGGUAGAAAUCAAAUCGUAGAAUUUAGUGUAUAUAACUGAGCUAACUUUAAUCCAAAGUUACCUCCAAUUUGUUAAAAUUUUAAUGGUCGCUAUUUGAAUCCUUGCUGUCACCAAUAAAUCUUCCAUAUCUUUUGAAAAGAAUAAUUACUUGGAUGAUGGCAAUGGCAUUGUAUAAUCUGCAGACACAAGAUUUGUACUUUUUGUAGAAUUUUAGGUUUCGCCUAUUUCUUUUCCACCCAACAAACAGCACAAUAUAAAGUUAUCAAAGAUGAUUUCACAUUCCCAUUUUAGUAUGUGUAAGUGCUUCCUUACAUUUUUUUAAAAAAACUAUCAAUGGUGGUAAGUUAGUUGAGUAAGUAAGUAAAUAACUGAACUCCCUAAGAAUAAAACGAUGUCUUUGAGCUGAUGAGACUAAUAAACAGGAAGCAUAUGCUUAGGGAAACAUUCUUGCUCUUACACGAACCUCAGGGCGCAGUGGGGCAGAAAGAAUGUAUUAUGCCUCCUUUUACAUAUUUACCAACAUUACUUCAAAAUGGGAGGAGUUGGAAUUAUUUUUAUUCUGUGAAAUGACCAAGUGGAAGAAAAUUUUGUAGGUUUCAGGUGUGGCUAGUAUGUUGAUGUGAUAGUCAUUUCAAUACAGCAAUAGUUGAGUGGUGACUCCUUUGUAAAUGGAACAUGUAAAAUUUUGUUUAGACACUGAGAUAACCAGUAUUAAUGAGCAAAAAUAACACACUUGAUGGGUAAUUUUCCUUUUACAAGUGUAAAGUGUUCUGUAAUCUUUUAAGAAAUUCUGUACGAUUAGUCAGUUGUGUUUAAAAAAAACUUUUUAAUAAUAUAUAAUGUCCCAUUUAUCAAGAAUCAAAAUAUUGUCAUCACUAAGGGAAUGGUGGUUAACUAUUUAAAUACUUUAUUGCAAGAACCAAAUUAAAUUUGUAAUUUUCUGAGAGUAUAUUCUGAGUAAAGGCAGUGGAUUAAAAAUUUAAAAGAAACUUUACUGCAUUAGUCACUUUGAUUUGUCUUGAACUACUUGUAGAUGCUGAGGGAGAAGUAGCUGGGCAUGCGAUAAUUACUGGGGGUGGCUGUGCAUUUUUUAAAAAAAGUUAAUGAAUAUCAUAUUCAACUUCUAUUGUUUCAUAUGUAUAUUUAUUUUGAAAAUAUGGCACUUCCAUUCUUACUAGUCUCUUAUUCUGUGGUAUGAUGGAGAAUUAGUUACAGAUAAACAUAUCCACUUGCCAACUCAGUGCAUUUAAACUCCCAUGUAAAACAGCCACUGUUUUCCUUCAGUUCUUGGUUAAACCCUCAUGCUUUUCCUUUUGACAUUAUUACAGGAAUAUGGUUUACUUGGUGCCUUUCAUUUUUACAUAAGCUUCAUAAUGUAGUAAGACAUGCCAAGACUGUUGGUUAUAAUCUGUAUUGUAAUGCAGAUUUCUGCAGCUGCCACUAUUUCAUAAAUCACCAAGUUGUGUGAAUUAAACUGACCUAUUUGAAUUAAUUACUUGUAAUC